AUGGAUAAAUAUGAGGAUGAGUUGGCAAGGAAGAGGAUGCAGUCUGAACAUGAGUACCAUAGAGUAAGGAACCAAGAGCUAGCAAAAUUGCAAGAAGAAUCAUCAAUCAGACAGGAGCAAGCUCGACGUGCAACAGAAGAACAAAUUCAAGAACAACGAAGGCAAACUGAGAGGGAAAAGACUGAGAUCGAACGUGAAACAAUCAGAAUAAGGACUAUGGCAGAAGCAGAAGGGAGAGCGCACGAAGCAAAGCUAUCUGAAGAGAUGAACAGGCGAAUACUAAUUGAACGUGCUAAUGGAGAGCAAGAAAAAUGGAUUUCUAUCAUAAAUACUACCUUUGACCAUAUUGGAGUUGGUGGAGUGACUGCUCUGGCAGCGGGCGUCUACACAACAAGGGAAGGCGCACGGGUUAUUUGGGGAUAUGUUGAUAGAAUAUUGGGACAACCAUCAUUGAUCCGAGAGUCCUCCAGAGGGAAAUACACCUGGUCUGGCAUGUUUUCUCAAGCCAAGAGCACCCUUUCUCGACGUAGUGAUCUAGAUUAUGCUUCAAAAAAUGGAAAGGGUUUCGGCGAUGUAAUUUUGCAUCCUUCUCUUAAUAAAAGAAUUGAGCAGCUGGCAUCUGCAACUACGAACACAAAAGCACAUCAGGCUCCAUUCAGAAACAUGCUUUUUUAUGGCCCUCCAGGAACAGGAAAGACAAUGGCUGCCAGAGAGUUGGCUCGUAAAUCCGGAUUGGAUUAUGCAUUGAUGACUGGAGGGGAUGUUGCUCCACUGGGAUCGCAGGCUGUAACAAAGAUAUACCAAUUGUUUGAUUGGGCCAAAAAGUCAAAUAGGGGUUUACUGCUUUUCAUUGAUGAAGCUGAUGCAUUUCUGUGCGAGCGGAACAAGACAUAUAUGAGUGAAGCACAAAGAAGUGCACUAAAUGCCCUUCUCUUCCGCACUGGUGACCAGUCUGAAGACAUAGUCCUUGCCCUUGCGACAAAUCGUCCCGGCGACCUAGAUUCAGCUGUUGCAGACCGUAUUGAUGAGGUCCUAGAAUUUCCCUUACCCGGAGAAGAGGAACCAAACCCACAAAAGAUAGAGAUUAAGGGAUUGACCGAUGAUAUCUUAAAGGAAGCGGCAGCUAAAACUGAUGGAUUUUCCGGAAGGGAAAUAGCAAAACUGAUGGCUAGUGUCCAAGCUGCUGUGUACGGAAGCGAUGACUGUGUGCUUGACCCAAGCUUGUUCUGUGAAGUGGUAGAUUAUAAAGUUGCUGAACAUCAACAGAGAAUAAAAUUGGCAGCUGGUGAUAAAGCUAGUUAG